UAUUUAGUUUUUCACGCAGGUGAUUUUUAGUAUACAUUUUACCUCUUAUAUUAUUAUUAACCGAAUUGCUGAAAUACGUUGAUGUAGAUUCCGCUGCUACUUUACAUUCCCGCAGUAGGUCGUUAGUUUGCUCGGCUAACCGGAAGUUGCAGUUAACGUUAGCAAGUGAGGCUAAGCUAAGCUAGCUAGCGUUAGGUUUUGUUCUUGGUGUCUGCAGUGAUUGAGGAUUAAAUUUACAUCUUAUCAUGUCUCUGAGCGCCGUUCACGGAACACUGUCGAGUCUGAAAUCAUGUCAGACAGACAUCGGGACAGGGAUGGACAUAGUGACAGACGUAGCCAUGGACCUGGCUGAAGCUCAGGAUGAUGCAGUGAAUCCUGGCAUCAAAGCGAUGGAGGAUAUGAUCCUGGAAUGUGCCAAACUGGACAGAGAGAUUAACUACUUUGUUGAUGUGGUGCAACAAGUCACGGCUGAGGUUAUAACACAGCAGCCGGAGGCCAUGUUCAGCCUGUCCGACAAAGUGAAAGAACAGUACACGGAGAGAAUCGCCAGACUCUCUGAUGCUGAUCUACACAAUCACCAGAAAGUAGUGGCCUUCAAGGACAGCAUCAAGAACUCUUUCAAACAAGCCAACCAGGAGUCAGCGGCGAGCAUGGAAGAGCUCGAUGAGGACGUCGCUGUUACACAGACCCAAGUCAACUUCACCUGCCCACUCACACAGGUGGAAAUGGUGAACCCAGUGAAGAACAAGAAGUGUAACCACCAUUAUGAUGAAGGAGCCAUACUGAACCUGAUCAAAACAAGGCACGGCCAGAAAAAGAAAUGCCGCUGUCCGGUGGUCGGCUGUGGGAACGCAAAUGUCAAAGAGUCAGACCUCAUUCCAGACCAGAUGCUGAGGAGGAAGAUCCAGAGCCAGAAGAGGCAGAACAGCCGCACUUAGUACAGUACAUUUUUCUGAAUCGUUCAUUACAGUUAUUCAUUAAGCCCAUGCCUUGGAGAUGACUGGCACACUGAGAAAUAAUAUGUUGUUGGUUGUGAAGCUGUUUUCAUCUGUAAUGAGCACAUGUUGCUACAUUACAUUUGCAGGUAUUUGUAAAUAACUUUUUUUUUUUUUUUUUUUAAUUCUCUUUGUGCUUUGGACUUUAGAAAAUAUCUGCUGCUCAGCUGGAUUUGAGUUUGGAGGUUUGAACUGUUUUUCUAUUUCAUCUGGAGCGUUUCUGUGUGUUCCAGUUUUGUUAAAUGAAAAUAAAGGCUUCAGAUAUUUGUAUGAAAUAAUUCCACUUGUCUUCCUGAUGCAGUAAUUUGACAGAACCACAAGAGAGCAGCGUUUGUUCAAAGUCAGUGCCUAAAUAAAUGAAUCUUAACAAUGA